AAGCCAUUUCGGAAGAUGAGUGGAAUUUGCUGUACGUCGCUGUCACUCGAGCCAAGAAGUGUCUCAUCAUACCCAAACGUCUUGCUAAUAUCCUAAAAAAAACCAAGGACUACUGCGUCCAGUUUGAAUUAGCCACCGCAGGGGGCAAUACGACACCGCUGGUCUGUUCAGAAGGCGAAUGCCGCAACUCCAUCCCAGCGGAUUCUCUGCUAAUCCAGAAAAGGGUACAUUUUUUUAACAUGGACGGCACCGAAACCCCUGAAGGAUUUCUUUGCCUUUCUUGCGCCUGCUCCAAACAUGGCCCAAUUGCACAGCUCGCAGGAUCUUCCAGGAUGGACCAGGUUGUGCCCAGGCUCCCAGAAGGCACUGAGGUUCCACCUGAGGUUCAGAGCCUCCUUGAAGACUUUUGAGUACUUCAAACAAAGAAACAAA